GGAACUCAUAUUGUCCUACUUGCCUACUCACUUUCCCCAAACUGUUCAGUGUGACUUGACCUACAUUACCUCUCAACUAUCCCGCAUAAGACGAGUCUUUCAGACCUCGUCAUUCAAUCCUGACUCGGCUUUAAGCUCAAACACCUCAAGACUCACUCAUCAUGUCCGCUGGCGGCGGCGGUCCUGGCCCUGCGCCUGCGAAUCCUACAAGACCAAAAAGACCUCCGGGGGCUCCUGCACCAGGCCACCCCCUGGGUCCUUUGGCGAAUCCUUGGGGUCGUCGAGUCCUCCUUGGUGGUGCGCUCCUGACCGCAGUCUACUUCGUACUGCCGAACAGAUCACCACAGCCGCCCGGAGUUUCUGCAGAUUCUUUCAAGACACCAGGCGUUAAGAAUAUCGAAAAGGCCUACCAAAGUGGAGGAGCCACCGCAACGCAUACAAAAGCAUACGGAGGCACAGUACAAGGUGAAAGAGGGGCGGAAACACCAAGAGAGGGGGGUGCUACUGGAGCACCAGGUGGAUACAACCAGGAAGGUGUAGGAUUCGAUCAACGUCCUGGUCCAAUGUCGGGUGCAGGCGCGAAGUGGAACGAGAUACAGUAUGGCAGUGCGAAGGGAAGGUGAAUGGAAUAUGUGUACUCGCUCGAAAGCAUUCAACAAUGGAGGGGACGAACAGCGUGGUUCACACUGUACAUGCAUCUUGACAGUCGAAAAGU